AUGUCUACCAUCUUCACCACUAUCCUCUUACUUCUCACUAUUUUCUUCUCAUUUUCCUAUGCUCAAUUCUUCUUUCCAUUCGCUAUGGGACGAGCUUAUCAACGGCCUGUAUCAGCCACUGGGUACCAAUAUUCGAAUGGUUAUGGAGUCAAGGAUUCGGAGGGGUUCUUCGCGUUGUGCAGAGGGUGGACGUGUACUUCGAAUACUUGA